GAGUCGAAGUGCUCAUGCUCAUCCAAUCGCUUAUAACUGCAAAACUAGAGGUCUGACCAGCAAGCUAACAUGCUCGAUAUUAUACCUUAAAACGGCCUCGACUUUGCAGCAAAAUAAAGGAAUGUUAUUCUUACCUGUUCUGAAUCAACACAUUUGGAUUUAAGACCAGGGCAAAGCAAGGACUUAAUCAACUUUAAAGCAGAAUGCUUUGGAACUAUCCCUAGCUCAUGCAUCGAUUGAAUUAUUCGCGUGCCAUUGACUGAGAGGCAGUCUGUUUAAUGCAUGAUAUCAAACGGGAAUGAGGAAUGUCAACGAGGCUAUAUUUCCUACGCACCGGCCACAGGAGAAAAUGAAUAAGACUUGAAAUGUCUGUCAUAAAAACUACAUGUGACUCGAUAUACAACCAUCUUUGGCCAGCUAUUUAGCUGGCAGUGUCAUCGUCCGGCAUUUGUACGGGGGUAUUGAGACUGAGCAGGAAACAACAGAAUGGCAUCCCUCCUUGACGAAGCCGGCAAACUGGGCUGGAUUCUAUUCAAGGCGUUAAUACGUUUCGCCUUCAUGUUGUUAAAUAACUGUGUUGCUAUCCCAUCCUAUUGCCUCUACUUAAUUGUGUUGCAACCUUUGAGAAUAAUGGACAGCCGCACUUUCUGGCAAAUCGAAGGACUAAUGUUCAAGUGGUUAUUAGCGAUGGUUUCCUCUUGGGGAUGGGUGGCAGGCUACACAGUGACGGAAUGGGGGGACGACGUGAAGCCAAUCUCGGAGGAAGAGACCAUGGUCAUCGUCAACCACCAGGCCACCGGGGAUGUCUGCACCCUCAUGAUGUGCCUGCAGGACAAGGGCAUGGUGGUGCGGAAGAUGAUGUGGCUGAUGGACCACGUGUUCAAAUACACAAACUUCGGCCUGGUGUCCUUGAUCCAUGGAGAUUUCUUCAUCAGACAGGGCAAAGCGCACCGGGACAAGCAGCUGGUGUACCUGAAGGACCACCUGGACAAGUUCUACUACAGCCGCGAGCGGAAGUGGAUCGUGCUCUUCCCCGAGGGCGGCUUCCUGCGCAAGCGGCGGGAGACCAGCCAGGCCUUCGCCAAGAAGAACGAGCUGCCGCACCUGACGCACGUCACGCUGCCGCGCCUCGGCGCCACGCAGGUCAUCCUCAAGACGCUGGGCCCGCAGCAGGAGAACGGCACCCUGGGAGCCGGAGACGCCUCCGCCACUGCCGGACCCACAGUAGGCAGUAAAUCCAGAGGUCUGCAGUGGGUGGUGGAUGUGACUAUAGGCUACCCUAAAGCCAGACCUAUGGACAUUCAGACGUGGAUCUUCGGCUACAGGCAGCCCACAGUCACACAUGUGCACUACAGGAUCUAUCCCAUAAAGGAUGUCCCCAUGGAAACCGAGGCCCUGACAGACUGGCUGUACCAGAGAUUUGUGGAGAAGGAGGACCUCCUGGCCCACUUCUACGAGACAGGAGUAUUCCCACCCCUCAAAGGUCAGACGCAAGCCGUGUCGCGCCCCAUGAUCCUCGACCCCAUGUGGCUGUGUGCCAUCCAGACGGGAGCCUUCGCCUCGGGCUACAUGUGGUACAGCCUCCUGCAGCACGCCUACUGCUGGUUCUUCUGAGGGAAGGGGAGAACACGCAGAGGACGAGUGGAAAAGGGGGGACAACCCGAAGAAGAAGAAGAAGAGGAGGAGGACUGGGAACUUGACUGACUUGACUUGACUGUCCAAAAACUGGCUCUGGGAUGUGUGUCCAGAUCCAAGCAGCCAUCCUUGGGCCUCUGCCUAUCUGUGCUGGACCCUGCCCUGGAUGGAUGAAUGUACAUUACCCAUUAGCUGAAAAAAGCAGAUGGACUGCUGAAGGACGUCAGGAAUCGUGUUUUAUUGUUUUUAAACUUUUGUUUACUUGUGUUUUUUGUUUUUGUCCGUUUUCCCCCCCGUUUCCUCAAAACACAUACAGAUUCAGACUUAAAAAACGAGGGAUGGACAGACACAUCAAUACAAGGACAGACCUAGAAACUAUAGUCUUGUUUACUCACACAUGAAAACAUGUAUUGUUUACAUGAUGACACAUACGUGUGCGCACACACACGUCCUGCAGUUCAUCUUAGAUACAAGAGCGAGGCUCAAGUUGACUGACAGAGGGGUGGACUAAUCGGAUUGGACGAACUCACGCUCUUUCCUCCCACCCUGGUUGGUUUUUUUUUGUUGUUGUUGUCGUUGUUGUUGUCGUUGUCGUUGUCACAACUUAGGCGUCUUUCAACUCCGCCCUUGCCAGUCUUGAGUUUUCAAAAAAAAAACUGCCACGUCCACUCUUCUCUCCCUCCCUCCCUCCCUCGCUCCCUCGCUCCCUCUCUCCGUCUGUGUGUGUGUAUGUGUAUGCGCCAGCCUGGAGAGCUGGUCCUCGGGCCGCGCAUAGACGUCCUUCCUCAGUCCGCCCCCGUCCGGUCACGGCCAGAGGGGGGGGGGGCAACGAGGCUCCUGGUCCAACCUCUUCUUCCGGCUUUGACCUCUCUCCCUCUCCCAGGAGCUGACCCUGGCCUGGGUCAAAGGUCAGAUCAGGGAGCGCUCUGUCCAGGAGUCAGGUGCCUCCUGGGAUUGCACUAUGGACAAAUGCUUCCCAUACCAAGCCCUACAUCCAUGCUUGUCCUGACAUUUCUUUUUUUGUUUGUUUUUGUUUUUUUGUCGCCCUUGGAUUAAUUGGAUAUGUCUACUGCUUUAAGUUUUUUUUGUUGUUGUUGUUUUUAAUGUUUCUGGAUGUAUUGUUUUCCUGAAUGUUUGUUUGUUUGUUUGCUUUGACAGUAUUGUGAACAGAGUAAGCGUCGUUUGUUUUACACUGGCUGUUGUCUGGCUCUGCAGCGUCUGGGUUUAGGAGUCGUGGUCUAGUUUUUCUGGGGCGUCUUGGUCUCUCCCCAAGACGUCUGGUUUGGAAUACGUCUGUGACCGCGAGUCUCAAGACGGGCUGGUCUCCACAGAGCUGAUGAAGGGACUCACUGAUGGCCUGUGGAUACUGCGUCCCCUUAACCCAACCCAACCCUGCCAGCGCACACACACACACACACACACCCACACACACACACACACACACACACACACACACACACACUACCAUCAUCAUGACUCGCCCUAAGUUAUACUGUCGCCUUCAUAUACACCAAUACUCUACUACACCGCAGCAGAGCCUGUAUGCAGAAGAAUCUGGGACAAGAGGCGAAAAACGAACCGAGUUAUUCUCCCUAUCCUCCACUGUCCCCUGCCCCCACCCACCCCACCCCCCCCACACACACACACCAAACGCAGACUCCAAAGUUUUUUGCAAAAUGUUUAAGCCAUAUGCUUAGUGUCUGUCUACCGAGGAUCAAUCAUGAUGACAGAGACUUAAACUCAAACUGAAUGACCUUGGGAAGUCUGCUUCUGGAAAGAAGACGAACAGAAAGAGAAACCAGAUUUGGCUUUGUUUUUGUUUUUCUCUAGGGGUCAUUACUGUAAAUUUGACAGCAUAACCUGCCUAAAGUGAGUGUGUGUGAUUGUCUGUCUGUCUGUUUGUCUGUCUAUAAUUUGUCCUUUUUUUUAUAUGUAUAAAUUAAUGACUGUCUGGUUGUUCUAUGUUAUAUCAGAGUUUUUUGACAAAUCACCAUUUAGUGGUCCGAUUUUAUUUUCAUUUUAAAAUGACUUCAGAUAUUGUCCUCAAAAGUCACGUGUGUUUAAAAUCUUGUACAUAACAAAACAAAAAAAAAUACCGAAGACGAGUUCCCCUCCGUGUGACUGCAGCAUUCUCUGUUAAAAAAUUAGGAGUUGUAUUUUUUUUAAUAUCAUGAAUGUUGAGAGGGGUUUUUAAAAAAAACGAAGGAAAAAAAGAAGAUUGAUCAGGACAAUGACGAUGCAGACUACUUCAGUGAAGAGAAAUUACGCAGACCUGCCUCACGCCUCAAUGUUGACUCACUUCCUUGUUGUUUGCCCUUUGACCUGGACGUGUUUUAUGUGCCACAGUGAGCAAAGGAGGGCGAGUUUCACUGUGAUGCUCUCCACAUGGACCUCAACCACUCUGGAAACUCUUUCGGCGGGCUCGUCACAGGCACGGUCCAGCAAUAACGCCAGACUCCUGCUGUUCAUCAAAACGGCCUCACGGUUUUCGGCAUCACGUGGCGCGAGACUGUGCUGCAGCGGAGAGAAACUCCUGGGAAUAACAAAGCGGUUCCUCCUGCUGGAAGGGGAUGUGUGGAAGAGCAGACUUUGGGGUCGGUUCUGGCUUGUGUAUGUGUGUGUAUGUGUAUGUGUGUACGUGAGCGUGUGUGCUUGUGUGCUUGAGUGUGUGUGUGUGUGUGUGUGUGUUUUAGUUUGGUCUGUGGUCCUGGUUGUGUUUUUGUGAGGUUUACACAAUACACUGGAUGUGUGUGUGGGGGUACAGGCAGGCUGGCAGAUGGGCGAGGCAGCAAACUGCACUGAGAGCAGUCCGUGAACGCCGCACUAACUUUCUCUUUCUGUCUCGCUUUCUCACUGUUGUUCCUCUCUCCCACUGCUCUCCCUCCACCCUAUUCUAGUUCCUCCCUUUCUUCCUUCUACCACUCUCCCCUUCUUCUUUCUCUCUCUCUUUCUCCUUCCUACCCUCUCUAUCUCUCUCUCCCCAAGAUUGUGCCAGGCCUCCUUGUGUCCACACAGCAGGGAAAGAAGAGUUCCCCGUUGUUUCUCUCUCUCUCUCUCUCUCUCUCUCUCUUUAUCUCUCUUUCUCUCUCUUUCUCACUCUCAUGUGUUUCCUGCUGUCUUAACAAUGGAGACAGGGACAAGAUUAUUUUCCUAGAUAAGGAUUUAGGGGGAAAGAGACAAAAAAUUAGGAAUUUAACAAAUUUACGCUAGACUUGUCUGUAAUUUUUUUUCCAUUUUCUACUCCCGUUCCCUUCUCCCUCCCUAGCAGCCCAGCCGUUUUACAGAUGGAAAAAAAAAUACCUGUGCUGGAAUAAAAACAAUGAACAGAA